AGUGCAGUGCUGCCCCCACAAUGGGGUUACAGGGUUGCGGGGUUCAGGGUUUGACUGCGAGCUCCAAAGAUUUUCACACACAGAUUCUGGCAACGGGAGGCUCUCCCGCAUCCUCAGGCUACUCGCAAGCGUGUAAGAUCUACAAGAAGGCUGCGUGCAUGCACGCAGAAUGGUCGUUUGUGUGUGUCGGUGUCUGUGUGUGUUCCAGCGCCUUCCCCGCACCACACUACACACACCAUGAGCAGCAAGGCUGUUGGCCUGCUCGACGGCCUCCCUGUCUAUGCGGCGGCCGGGUGGUUCAAGGUGAAGGUCGAUGGCGAGCUGCGCACGCUGCCUGCCGCCGCCAAGGGCAAGAUCAUCAUGUUCGUGGACGAGCGGCAGCAUCCGGGGCAGCCCAAACCAACCUUCCAGAUCUUCGUCAAGACUCUCAUUGGUACAGAGGUGCAGUCAGAGACACACAACCAGUCUGUAGCCCGUGUGUGUAUGCAGGCCAGUGCAUGCCGUUGGAUGUGGAUCCGUCUGACACCAUCGAGGACGUCAAGGCCAAGAUACAGGAGCGUUGUGGGGUCUCCCCGCCCGAGCGGCGGCGGCUGAUUCUCGCUGGCAAAGGGCGGCUGGAUGACGAGCGGACCCUGGCAUUCUACAGCAUCCAGGGCGGUUGCGUGCUGCACGUGAGACUCGGGCAGGUCUUCGUCAAGACGCUCACAGGUGGGCACUGCACUGCACGUGUCCGUCUACAACAUGCUUCGUGUGUGUCAUGUGUAGAUAAAUGCAUGCAGGUAAGACCAUCACGCUGGAUUUCGUGCCCUCGGACACCAUCGAGAACGUCAAGGCCAAUUCAGGAGGAGGAGGAGGAGGAGGGCAUCCCGCCAGAACAGCAGCGGCUCAUCUUCACCGGCAAGCAGCUCGAGGACGGCCACACUCUCGGGGACUACAACAUCCAGAAGGAAUCCACGCUUCAUCUGGUGCUGAGACUGAGGGGCGGCAUGUUUCACGAGACCAGGUGAGUGGGGUACACCUCGACACACAGCGACGGCCAACACAGCCGUGCAGUGCAUGCCUCUUUGCACUCCGUGUGUCUGGUCGGUGCAGCGGCCGCGAUGGUUUCGAUACGGCUGGUGUGCAGCAGGACAGCAACCAAGAGGAGACGAACAAGGACGACCACAAGGAUGGAAACGAACAGGUGACGUAGGCCACCCACAACACACUAGCAAAACGUUCAUCUGGGUGGUCCAUGUGUUUCUUGCAGGAGGGUGGGGGUGAUGGUGAUGGUGAUGGGGCACCUGACACACAGCAGCAAGAGUCACCGGCCAGCCAUGAGGGAGCGGGUAGGUGCCGCGGCAAAGACGUCAGCCGAUCGAUUCGUGCACAUUGGGUGUGUGUAUGUAUCUGUAGGUUUGCUGCCAAUCUCAGGUGGUGCGGAUGAGGAGCAGGACGACACACAGGCCAAGGACAAUACCGAAGACACCAACACCGGCACCAUCGGCGAGCAUCAGAUGGGAUCCGAGCACAUCGACAGUGAGGGCCCUGCAGCAGAGGAGGAGGGCAACAACGAGCAGCAGAUGAGCGACGAAGAGGACACCCACAGCAAGAAGAACAAGCAGCCCCCGGCCAAGCAGUGGGCCAAGCGCACACGCCGUGGGGCGGUCGACAACAACCGCAGCAGCAAGCGUGGCGAUGUGUCGGCGGUGGGCGUGGCGUGUGAGGGCGUCACGACGCGCAGCAUGGCCCGCAAGCGGGCGGCGGAGCAGACUGGUGCCGCCACAGCUGAUCGGCUGGCCAGCAAGCGCACCAAGAGAGAGAAGGGGCUGCUGUGAUGUGAGUGGGUGGACCGACAAUUAUUGUUUGUGUGUUGGGGUGUGCUGGGAGACACACAUGCCGUCCGUCUCUUUGGUCCGUGUAUUGUGUGUACCCAUGCGUGUGUGCGUGUCCGUGAGGCGUUUGGUGGCGGGGCGGCCCAUCUGGUGAUGCGACACUGUGUACACUAAGACACACUAGACUAUAUGUAGACCGAGUGUAUGUCUCGACCGCGAAGAUCUGUGUCCUUGAGAUUGCCAGUUGUUUGAUGCUUCGAGACACUGCACAAGCGAGCGUCCUUCCAUCCC